GCCCUAGGUACCUAAGUAGUGUAAAUCCAUGGGUCUUUUCCAAGGUUCCCCACAUACCAAACGGGCAGUUGGAGCUGGAGCUGGAGCUCUUUCUCCAAUGCGAUUUCCUAACCCCCACCACCGAACUUGCCGUUUGUUGAUCGUACAAACAUUAGGUCUUGGAAGCUCCCGGACUUUUUGAGUUUAAGGUACUUUGUACAUGCCUAGGCACCUCCAGCUAUCUUACUCUUGAUCAUCACAACAUUCGAACUUUCCUUUCCACCAACUUUAGUUCUAGAUCCUUUCAACUCAAUUCCAAAAGGCACAGCUACCCCUAUUAUACAACAGCGACAUCAAAUAGGCACGUCGUUCGCGCCCGGGGAUUUAUUCGAUUCUUUUCGAUUCGUCAUAAGUUUCAGGCAAUCGAACGUUCAUCAAUCCAGGCAACCCGAUUCGAUCCGCGACAAUGCGAACCAGGAAUCAGACCCGCGCGGAGGAGGAGAGCGCCGAAGUUACAUCUACCGCGUCUACUGUCGUUACCGUCACUAAGAUCGAGGGCCCGACAACCACGCUUUCGAAGAAGGAGCACAUCGGAAGAGAUGCACCGUCUAAGCUACCGCAGCUGGUCCAAUUUCCCUUGGUCGCUAUCCUUAGUUUAUCAUUGUCGGCACUGGGGUUCGCGCUGAGCUGGAGUUAUACGAAGGGCCCGCUCGUGCAGCAUACGAGAGUCCUGAAUACGUGGUCAGAUUUCGGAAUCUUGACGGGCUGGAGAAUAUUUGAACUCGCGCUUGGGUGGUUCGGGAAAUAUGACGGCUACGAUAUUACGGCGUUGAACUUCCUCUCUCACGGCCCCUUGCUCUACCUUCUAUACGCCUUCUAUUCUUCCCCACCCAGCGCCCUCCUCCUGACUCUCGCUAUCGAAACCCUCGCGACGUACAUCCCCUUCCGCCUCCUGCGCCCGCUUUCCACGGCGCACGCGGACCCGCACCACGCGCCCAACGCCGACAUCGUCGCCGACCGACCCAUCGCGCUGUUGACGACUCUUCUCGCUGGUGCGAUCUACAGCGUGACCCUGUUCUUUGCGUACGCCACGUACCUGCCCACAUACCUUGUCGUGCACUUUACGAACCUGCCGUCCGUCGCCUCCGCCCACGAGGCUACCUACAUCGGACUCCUACCUGUGACUAUAGUCCUCGGGUUCGCAGCACAAGUGUUCGUGUUCACGCCUGCGGAAGGGACAGUCGCUCCGAAGGAUGAGGAUGGGAAGAAGUUCGAUCCGAUGAACGCCAGUCUGUCGGAAACAAUGCGCUGGAACUUUUGGGGCUGGAGUGUCCAGACCAAGAUAGUGAUUCAGAGGACAGUCCUACUGAUGUUGGUUACGGGCGUAAAUACGUUCCUGCUGACGCGCUAUACGAUCGAAGGCGUCGAGACCCCGGGCGCUGCGGCUUGGAGUAGUGUUUGGGUGCUCGCCGCCGCGGUAACGGGGGUGGGUCUUGGUGCUGUCGGGAGCGUCUAGACACACGCGUCCAGGUAGUCGAUUAACAUUAGUAGGGGCUGGGGGCCUGGUGUAUGAUAAGAGAAAAAGCGAAGUGACGGAUAUGGUCGAAUAUAAAACGGUCGGGAAAGGGGGCGUAUUUCGGGGUUAGGUGUGCUUUAUCGCCGGGACUGAGUCUUUUAUAACCGUGCUGACUCCUUCUAAUGUUUAGUUUACCACUUCUGGGUAUCGUUUGAUGGGUGGGCUGCAGUGAAUAUCAGCUUAGUAUCUGGAUGGGGUUAAGGAGAUAAAAAGAAUGCAAAGAAAUUUGAUUAAGGUUGUCCAAGUUCAAUCCAAUGUCGUAUACCUCCGUUGCUUACUAGCCUCCUUAGGUACUUUCCUAGGAUAGGAGUAAUUAAUAGGAACGAGCGAAGAGCAA